AUGGUAUUGUUGAGAGAGAGCUUGUGGUUCCUUCGAUACUGUGGCAUGUGGCCACCAGUCCACGACAGCUGGUGGUCCCAUGUCUACUCUCUUUACACAAUUUACAUAAUUAUCGUUAUGUAUUGGUUCACACUAUCUGAACUGCUCAAUCUCCUGAUGACAACUGAUGACAUCGAAGAUUUUUCCGACACCUGUUUCAUGCUCCUGUCGACAGUAGCAAUUUGCGCCAAGAUCCUCAUAACUCUGGUGAAAAAAUCGGAGAUCAGGGAGGUACUUUCUGCUCUCGAGAGCUAUCCACAUAAACCGAUGAGCCCGGAAGAGCAGAACAUUCAGAACAGCUACGAUCGACAAGUCAGAUUUAUUACGCUAUUUUAUGGUGUGGCCACAGAAAUAACUGUCUGGUGCAUGACAAUCUUCACGUUCUUUCAAGGAAUUCCUUUUGGAGUUCUGCCGUACAAGGCGUGGAUACCCUACAAUUACACCGGAGCUAAGAUGUACUGGUUCACUUAUUAUCAACAAUUACUGAGUGUUCUUCUCGCUGCCAAUCUCGACAUCGGAUUUGACACCAUUAUUCCCGGAUUUAUCCUCCAGAUAUGCGCACAGUUCAAUAUUCUCAAGUGCAGAUUGCAUCGUGUUGUCAAUGAAUUUGACAACAUGAGGUCCAAGAAAUUUGGAAAUUCUCCUGAGAUUUAUGAAGCUGAAAUCAUCGAGUGCAUUAAGUUCCAUCGCGCUAUUAUUGAAAUAGCUAAACGAAUUAAUUCCAUCUUUUCGAGUAUAAUAUUUAUCCAGUACGCUGCGAGCUCCAUAAUAAUUUGCGUCAGUGUUCUUCUGAUUUCGCAGAUGCCCCUGUUCUCUCCCAAGUUCCUGGCGCUCUUCAUGUACCUCUCCUGCAUGCUCUUGCAGAUAUUCAUGUUCUGCGCCGCUGGACAUGAGGCGACUAUUCAAUGUCAGAGCAUGACGAACAGCAUCUUCGGGACUAAGUGGUACCUUUUGAGUGAUAGGGUGAAAAAAUAUCUCAUGCUGAUGAUGCUCCGAACACUGAGACCUGUCAGAUUCUACUUCGGUCUAUGGCCACCACUCCACUUGGAGUCCUCGAGCUGGAAGUAUCGAAUCUAUUCCAUCUACACGAUUUACAUAGUUAUCUUUAUAUCCUGGUUCUCAUUAUCUGAACUGGUUAAUCUCCUAAUGACAACUGAUGAUGUCGAGGAUUUCUCGGAUUCCUGCUUCAUGCUCCUGUCGAUCUUAACCGUCUGUGCCAAAAUCCUUGUAAUCCUGAUGAAGAGAUCGGAGAUACGAGAUGUUUUAUAUGCUCUUGAGAACUAUCUGCACAAACCUAUCAACUCGGAAGAGCAGAGCAUUCAGAACGAGUACGAUCGACAAAUCAGAUUACUCACACGAUUUUACGGUGGGUUUGUCGAAUUGACUGUCUGGAGCAUGACUAUCUCCACGUUCUUUCAAGGGAUACCUUUUGGGGUACUGCCCUACAAGGCUUGGAUACCCUACGAUUACUCCGGGGUCAACAUGUACUGGAUCACUUAUUAUCAACAAUUAAUCAGUGUUCUUCUUUCUGCCAAUGUAAACAUCGGCUUCGACACCCUUAUUCCUGGAUUUAUGAUCCAAAUAUGCGCCCAGUUCAAUAUUCUCAAGUGGAGACUGCAUCGGGUGACCAGUGAGUUCGGAGAUUUAUCAAAAAAUUACGAAAUUCGUAUCGUUGAGUGCAUCAAAAUAGCUAGGAGAAUAAAUUCUAUCUUCACGGUCGUAAUAUUUAUACAAUACGCGGCGAGUUUGAUUAUAAUAUGCGUUAGUGUUUUUCUUAUUUCUCAGAUGCCUCUGUUCUCAGUGCAAUUCUUGAUGCUCUUCCUGUACGUCUCCUGCAUGCUCUUACAGAUAUUCAUAUCCUGCGCUGCUGGAAACGAGGCAACGAUCCAAUGCGAGAGUUUGAUUGAGAGUAUUUUUGAAACCAAGUGGUACCUUUUGAGCAAUCGGGCAAAAAAAAAUCUCAUGUUGAUGAUGAUUCGGACUUUGAGACCUGUCAGAUUCGUCAGUGGAUAUCUCAUCGUUCUAUCCUUGGAUUCUUUCGGUAAACUCUUGAAAAUGUCAUACUCCAUGUUUACGGUACUACAGAGAUCUUCGAAAUGA